GUAUAUAAAUUAUGUUGAGGUCUCUUAUGAAUUGUGACAAUUUUAUGGGUCUAUUUUGUUCUUCAAAUUUUUUAUUUAAAACGGGUAUUUGUAUCAAGGACCAGGUGUCGAGCCCAUUAAGUGCUCAAAUAUUGGAGUUCUGUGAAUCAGAGUUAUUCCCAGAGACGAUACAAAACUCAGAAGUUGCUUCGAGCUCAAAUUAUUGCUAUGAUGACCAAUCCUCAUACACCACUAACCUCUCCUUCCCUCCCGAUAUAAUCAAAUACCCAACUCCCAUAGACAACGCAACUAAAAUUGCAAAGUCGAACAACACCUUCUCCAUAAUCUUUGAUGAAGAAAUAACCGAAAACAGUCUAGACUUCACAACCUCUCCAAAUCACAGCCUCCCUCAAUACCAGUUUGGCCAUCAUGACCAGUUUGAUCUCUCUUUACUCCAAAACCAAAUCGUAGAUCACAACAACGCAAUCAAUGGCCAGAUUCAGGCAUAUCAUCAUCCUCAUCCAAACGAUCAUGUUGUCCCUAAAAUGGGAUCGGUAUUGCCCACAGUUUGUGAAGAUGAUUGCUUAUCUUCUAUGCCACCUUCAAAGUUCAUGUGCUUGAAUAAAACUUCAUCACCUAACUGCUCGUUCAUAGAUCCGGCGGUGACCUCCUACCUAUCUGGGAACUCGAACCCUCCUUUACCAGCUGUAGAAAGCUCAGGGAUCUUCAAUGGGAAUUUGUUCUUAGGGAAUGAAAUUCAACCUCAUGAUUUAGAUUUUAAGGGAGACAAUGGUAGCAUCUUUUGUCCAGAUCCUUUACCACGACCUUACAAUCCUAAUGAACUUCAGGCCCUUAGUAGCGAAAGCCAUCAUCUUGUAAAUGGAAGUGGGAGCUGUGCGACACAAUUAGCCUCAGAAAUCACAAGUUUGGAAACUGAUACGUUUAGAGUCGCUAGUAAACUCACUACUGAAGAACGCAAAGAAAAGAUCCAUAAAUACAUGAAGAAAAGAAACGAGAGAAAUUUCAGUAAGAAAAUCAAGUAUGCAUGCCGAAAAACUUUGGCAGACAGUAGGCCCCGAGUGAGAGGAAGGUUUGCCAAGAACGAUGAAUAUGGAGAGAACAAUAGAACGACAUGCAACAACCACGAAGAAGACACAGAUGAAGAUAUAAAAUCUUUUCGGGUGGUUGUAAAGGAAGAGGAGGAGAAUUUUGAAUCAUCAGACAUCUUUGCACAUAUCAGUGGAAUGAAUUCAUUCAAAUAUAACUACUCGAUUCAGUCUUGGAUUUGAAGAACUCAAGGAAAAGAGUCGUUGCAUGAAUCAUUGUGUAGAGGGUUUUACAGGUGGACUGACGAUGAUACACGAUGACUAUGAUAUCACAUGCAUUCUACACAAUAAUUAACGGACUCGGAUUCAUUAAAAGUAUUCAUCUAUGUAGUUGUAGUUAUGUAAUUAAUUAUAUGCUAGUAUGGUACCUAAUAAGCAGUGCCAUUUUGUAUAUACAGUCUUAUAUAUAUAUAAAAAAUUAUAAGUUUUGAUUUUUUA